UGAAAGUGCUUCACUGUCACGGUGGAGCUGUAUGUCUGCACUGUGUGGAAGGAAAAUGGCAGAAACACGAAGAAAUUAUCAAUCUGUUCUAUCUGAACCCCCAAACAUGCAAAAUGGAUUGGGGAAAAAGUUCUUUGUCAUCGUGGAGGGAAUUACUCAUGACGCUCACCAACACAUUGUUGAAAGGUUCAAAAGAGGAGAAGGCCAAACUGAGGUGACAUCUCAUGACCAGUGUGAUUACCUUCUGGUUUUCUGUCCUGUUUCCUCACGAGUUGGAACAAACAUCACUGAGGCCCUGAACCACCUUCCUGCUGAUAAACCAGCAAUUCUGGUGGUGAUGCAUCACACCUUCAAUCCAGACAAUGUUGUAGCUGAAAGCAGGAGACUGGUGAACAAUCCAAACAUUCUCCUCACUGUGGACUGUCUGUUUCACGACAACCAACUCCUCAAUUGUCACCGCAAUGAUCAGAUGUGGUAUGAAGUCUACAACCUUCUUAGAGCUUCCCAGCCCUCUGCCUACCAACCCUACAGACGUAUGAUGAACAUAUAUCCAAAGCUGAUUUGUCUACUUCUAAUAGUACUGGUGAUUGUCACUGUGAUAAUCUUUCUUGUUGUAAGAUUGCGCAAGGCCUCUCCAAAACAAGCACAGCAAAAUCACACAGAAGAAGGACAACUGCCAUCACUUUACACUUGAAGUGACAAAAUAAUUGUGUUAUAUCAUGCACGUGCAAUCACAUGUAAAAAUGUAGCUCCUGUCAUGUGGUAUUAUUGGUUUGACUGUAUCAUGGCUGUGAAACUUUUGAUCAUGAUAUAUCUGGAACACAACAGAGGGGAAAAUGGCUUCAAAGAAACUCAUUCUGAUUUGAUAUGAAUGUUGUUUUGCACUAAAGCGCAUUCAGACAUUCAGCUGAUGUUAAAAUGGGGUUUCAGCCAUUUCAGCCAAACAGACCUCAUCUGUUUAAAAGAACAUCAAGGUAUUGAGACAGGCCAUCAUUUUGGAAUGCUAUAGUUCAGACUGCUGAAGCCUCAUAUUAUCUUGCUUGAAUUCAUAUUUACCCAGAAUGAAGAAUGUAUAUUAUCACGUACAAUGAAAUGUCUUUCUUUGUGACAAGUAGUUAGAGAAACAAAGAGUGUUUGUAAUAUGUUCGUUAGCAUUAUUUUAAGAUGCACUUGAAAAAAUGUGCUCAUUUGUUGUUUAUUGAGAAUGUAAAUGCAACUUUACCCAACAUCUGACAGCAACUGUGCUGUUGAGAUACAGGUUUUGUGACAUUAUAUGUGUUUAAAUGUGUGACUACAUAUGCUUAUUAUAUGUUAUGUGCAAAAUAUAAUAUUGAGAUUAUUAUGAUGACGUGUAAAGAAUAAAUACAAAUUACAAAGUG